CCAAGUCCCUCAACGGCCCAGACGCAAUCGGACGCUGACCGCAUGGAGGAGCUGCGGAGCAGCUGGUAUCUCUUCGUUUUGACCCUGGGCAUGGGAGGGUGAGUUUUGCAUGAAGUGCCCAUUAGUUGAUGCAAAGGAGCCGGGGCUCAAUGACACCCCCCUUUCUCUAGUCUACAAAUUGUCUGGUCCAUCCAGCACUCCAGUGGAUCGCCCUAUCUCCUCUCUCUGGGAAUGAGCAAGUCCAUGCUCGCGGGUGUCUGGAUUGCAGGGCCAUUGACCGGCACCCUCGUACAGCCAUAUAUCGGCGUCCGAAGCGACAACUGUCGCAUCGCCUGGGGUAAAAGGAAGCCGUUCAUGGCGCUGGGGGGAGCCAUCCUGGUCUUCUGUCUGCUGAGUCUGGCAUGGGUCCGGGAGAUUGUCGAAGGUACGCUCGGUUUGUUUGGCGUAGAAGCGCAUUCAGAUGGAGUGCGAACCACCGUCCUGGUGGUGGCAACACUCCUGAUGUAUUGUCAAGAUUUCGCCAUUAACACCGUACAAGCCGCAACCCGGGCAUUCAUCGUCGACAACGCGCCUGCCCACCAACAGGAAUCGGCCAAUGCGUGGGCAAGUCGGCACAACGGCGCAGGCAACAUCCUGGGCUACAUUCUAGGCGGGCUGGAUCUCGCGAGAACGUUUCCAGCGCUAGGGAACACCCAGUUCAAGGGCCUUUCAGUCAUCGCCAGCGUUUUCCUGGCCGUCACGCUGUCACUCAGCUGUGCCUAUAUUCAAGAAAAGGACCCGCGCUCCGAGCCCCUAAUUGUCACCAGACCAGGGCUCAGGUCGCUGUUCCGCUCAAUCGGCGACACCAUCCGCGGCCUCUCCACUCGAACGCGACAGAUCUAUCUGAUCCAAGUCGCGGCAUGGUUCGCAUGGUUCUCAUUCCUCUUCUACGCAACCACCUAUAUCGGCCAGCUGUACGUCAACCCGAUUCUGGAUCAACACCCGGGCCUCCCCGAAGACCAAGUCAACAAGAUCUGGGAAGACGCCACCCGAGUCGGCACGCUAGCGCUUCUCGUCAACGCCAUCGUCUCCUUUGCAGCCAGCAUCAUCCUGCCUCUUCUUAUCGUUCCCUCAAAGCCAGAAACAUUCUCUUCAAUCCAACCGCGACAGCAGCAGCAGCAGCACAGAAAGGGCUGCAUCCACCUGAAUUCGUGGCUCCACAUUCCCACGAUCCCCCAUCUGACCCUCCGCCGCGCCUGGCUCCUGUCUCACUUCCUCUGCGCCUUGUGCAUGUUCAGUACCUUCUUCAUUGCUACCCCGGCCCAGGCCUCCGUCAUGACCGGCAUUAUCGGUAUCUCCUGGGCCAUGACGUCGUGGGCUCCCUGGGCUCUUCUCGCCACCGAGAUCGCGCUUCACCACGACGUUGACAACAACAACAACAACACCACCACCACCACUCCCAACACAAUCGAUCGAGCGUCAUCCGCAACAAGACCGGCACAGCAGUUAGCCCAGUCCCAAAAAACCCACCAUCCGAACCAGGCAGGCAUCACUCUAGGCCUCCACAACGUGGCCAUCUCCUUCCCGCAGAUCAUCUCGAGCGCGGUCAGCAGCCUGAUCUUUCGUGCAUUACAGAAACCCCGCGAGGAGCCGUGGGAUACUUCCACCGGAUGGGUCUUGAGACUAGGAGGCUGUGCCGCCAUGCUAGCCGGAGUGUUGACGACUCGGCUCCAGGAAAGAAGGCCAAACGUGUGAUCGAUUUCGGGGAUUGGGAAGCAAGCCCUCUCAACCCUAUAGAACAUGUAACGAUAUAUACAUUUUUUCGACGGAAA